AUGAUGAAUCGAAUGCGGGUUGUCGUCGUGGACGAUCACCACCAUGCUCUGGAGCCGAUCCACCAGGCCAUCCGAAGGCGGGUGUUGCCGUUCGCGAAUUGGACCCUCGUGCACUUCGAUGCCCAUCCAGACUUGGCGUUUCCCCGCGACGUCCCAGCCAAGUCCGUGUUCACCCCAUCGCAGCUGUACGACGUCCUGGACGCGAGUGAAGCAGGAAUCGCAUCUUUCGUCCUUCCGCUCUCGUUUGCUGGUCACAUGGAAUCGCUCAUAUGGGUCAAACCUCCCUGGGCACAGCAAAUGACCUUGGGCGACCAAGCCUUUGCUGUCGGUGAGCACAUAGACAACGGGACGCUGUGCGUGACAAGUAACCACAGCUACUUUGUGGACGAAGCCAUGUACGCCCCCGAGUCAGAGCUCACCAAGAAGCAGACCUUGCAGUUGACCGUGUGCGAGCUGCACGACAGUCCCGCGAGCAGCGUCCGCCCUCCUCUUGGGCCAUUUGUGUUGGACAUUUGUUUGGAUUACUUCACGACGUUGAAUCCAUUUCUUCACGAGUUUGAGAAAGCGUGCGGUGUCGACGAUGCGCAAGUGCUGCGCCACAUAUACGGUGGCCUCCAAUUCAAGAACAUCCCACCCACGCUCAGUCACGCUCAGCAACUCGAGCACCAUCGUCAUCACACGAGCACGAUGACCGGUAUGAUGGAAUCGCAGCGGUGGCGCCACGUGGAUCAGACCAACUUUGUCGCCAGUAUGGCACAUCUCUGGCGUCUGUACAACGAUCCGAGCGCCAUGCCCCACUACUUUGAGCAGUUCUAUUGCAUGUUGCAUCGUUACAACGCCGACCAGAUCGAACUCGUCAAGUGGGCCGCGCCGUGCGUGGAUUUACCACAUCAUGUGAACCACGACAUCCAACCCAUGCUGGACUCGAUGCGCGCAUACUUGGCGUCUUCGCGCGAGCGCCCACGCCUGAUUACGAUUGCUACGUCGCAGACAGACCAUUACACGCCACCAGACCAAUGUAUGGGUCGGCCGAGCUCGACGUUGUCAACUUAA